AUGCGUGCCACCCUCUCUGGUGCCAACGUCCUCAUCAUCAUUGACCAGGACAUACGGACCCCCAAUGGGCUGGCCAUUGACCACAAGGCCGAGAAGAUCUACUUCUCUGAUGCCACACUGGACAAAAUUGAACGCUGUGAAUACGAUGGCUCCCACCGCCACGUGAUCCUGAAAUCGGAGCCUGUGCACCCCUUUGGCCUGGCUGUCUACGGCGAUUACAUCUUCUGGACGGACUGGGUGCGCAGAGCUGUGCAACGAGCCAACAAGUAUGUGGGCACCGACAUGAAGCUUCUGCGUGUGGACAUCCCCCAGCAGCCCAUGGGCAUCAUUGCCGUGGCCAACGACACCGACAGCUGCCAGGGGAAGGGGGAACCCAUCCCGCCGUCCUUCCUGGCCUGUCAUCGCCCCUUCGGGACCCUCGCGCCAAGGACACGUCAACUGCUCCUGCCGCGGCGAGCGCGUCCUGCAGGAGGAUUUCACCUGCAAAGGUGGAGGGGAGCCCUGAAUUCCACCUGCAACGUGCAUGACGAGUUUGAGUGUGGGAACGGCGACUGCAUUGACUUCAGCCGGACCUGCGACGGCGUGGUCCACUGCAAGGACAAGUCCGAUGAGAAGCAGUCCUACUGCAACAGCCGCAAGUGCAAGAAGGGUUACCUGCACUGCAUGAACGGGCGCUGCAUCGCCAGCCGCUACUGGUGCAAUGGCGUGGAUGACUGCGGGGACAACUCGGACGAAGUGCCGUGUAACAAAACCAGCUGCGCUGCUACUGAGUUUCGCUGCCGAGAUGGGAGCUGCAUUGGGAAUUCGAGCCGCUGUAACCAGUUCGUCGAUUGUGAGGAUGCUUCGGAUGAAAUGAACUGCACCGCCACCGACUGCAGCAGCUAUUUCAAGCUGGGGGUGAAGGGUACCACGUUCCAGAAGUGCGAACAUACCUCUCUGUGCUAUGCUCCGAGCUGGGUGUGCGAUGGGGCGAAUGAUUGCGGAGACUACUCAGAUGAACGCAACUGCCCAGGCGGGAGGAAACCCAAGUGUCCAGCCAAUUACUUCGCCUGCCCAAGCGGGAGGUGCAUCCCCAUGACUUGGACCUGCGACAAAGAGGAUGACUGCGAGAACGGAGAAGACGAGACUCACUGCAGUGAGCGGCAGGACAAGUUCUGCUACCCCGUGCAGUUUGAGUGCAACAACCACCGCUGCAUCUCCAAGCUGUGGGUGUGUGACGGGGCAGAUGACUGUGGGGAUGGCUCUGAUGAGGACAGCCGCUGCCGGCUGACCACCUGCAGCACAGGAUCCUUCCAGUGCCCAGGCACCUACGUGUGCGUGCCAGAGCGCUGGCUCUGCGACGGAGACAAGGACUGUGCGGACGGAGCUGAUGAGACCCUCGCUGCUGGCUGCUUGUACAACAGCACGUGUGACGAGCGGGAGUUCAUGUGCGGAAACCGCCAGUGCAUUCCCAAGCACUUCGUCUGUGAUCACGAUGACGACUGCGGCGACGGCUCGGACGAGUCCCCGGAGUGUG